AUGCAACGGGGCCUCAAACUCGAUGGCGAUGACCACCAUCACGAUGCUCACACCGAUGGUCUAGAGCUCGGAGCUGGAGUAGGGGUCGGAGUUGCUGCAGGCCUCAAACUCGAUGGCGAUGACCACGAUCAUGAUGCUCACACCGAUGGUCUAGAGCUUGGAGCCGGACUAGGAGUCGGAGUUGCCGCGGGCGUUAAACUUGAUGGCGAUGAUCACCAUAACGAUGCUCACACCGAUGGCCUAGAGCUUGGAGCUGGACUAGGUGUCGGAGUUGCUGCGGGCGUUAAACUCGAUGGUGAUAACUAUGAUUACCAUUACAAAGCUCACACCGAUGGCCUUGAGCUUGGAGCUGGACUAGGCGUCGGAGUUGCCGCGGGCGUUAAACUUGAUGGCGAUGAUCACCAUCAUGAUGCUCACACAGACGGUCUAGAGCUUGGAGCUGGACUAGGAGUUGGAGUUGCUGCGGGCGUUAAACUCGAUGGUGAUAACUAUGAUUACCAUUACAAAGCUCACACAGAUGGCCUAGAGCUUGGAGCUGGACUAGGAGUUGGAGUUGCCGCGGGCGUCGAACUCGAUGGCGAUGACCACGAUCACGAUGCUCACACCGAUGGUCUAGAGCUUGGAGCUGGUCUAGGAGUCGGAGUCGCCGCGGGCGUCAAACUCGAUGGCGAUGAUCAGCAUCGCGGACGCCGUCUCCGCUUACAGAUCUAG